GUCUAGUGCCAAGUGGCUCCACAGUAAAAUGCGAAAUCCCGACUGCCGACUCUCAAGAAAAAAAAAAGUUCCAAACAUUCAAUUAAGUUCUUAACAUGCAAAUCAAUAAUAAUUCACCCACGCCAAACAUUAAUACUUUCAUUCACCACCAUCAAGAUGCCGUCCACAUAUAAGAAAGAUAAGCCGUGGGAUACCGAUGAUAUAGACAAGUGGAAGGUCGAGCCCUUUAAGCCUUCAGAUAACGCUGGCGGGACUUUCGCAGAAGAAUCGUCAUUUGCUGUUCUAUUUCCCAAAUACCGAGAAGUUUAUCUAAAGGAAGCUUGGCCUGGUGUCACAAAGGCCCUCCAACAAAAUGGCAUCGCAUGCACUCUCGAUCUAGUUGAAGGUUGCAUGACCGUCAAGACUACGAGAAAAACAUUCGAUCCUGCCGCCAUCCUCAAAGCCCGCGACCUAAUCAAGCUACUGGCGCGUAGUGUCCCUGCGCCGCAAGCAUUGAAGAUACUCCAGGACGACGUAGCUUGCGAUAUCAUCAAAAUAAGGAGUCUGGUGCGCAACAAAGAAAAGUUCGUAAAGCGACGACAGAGAAUCCUUGGUCCGGGGGGCCAGACCCUAAAAGCCUUGGAGCUCCUCACACAGACUUAUAUUCUCGUCCAAGGAAACACAGUCAGUGUUCUCGGCCCGUACAGGGGCUUGAAGGAAGUGCGCCGAGUAGUGGAAGACUGCAUGGCGAACGUACAUCCUAUUUACCAGAUCAAGGAACUUAUGAUCAAGCGCGAGCUGGCAAAGGAUCCCGAACUAGCCCAAGAGAACUGGGAGCGCUUCUUACCGAAUUACAAGAAGAGGAGUCUCAGCAAGAGAAUGGUGCCGUACAAGGUUACAGACAAGACCAAGAAGGUGUACACACCCUUCCCGCCGGCACAGGAGAAGAGCAAGGUGGACCUCCAGAUCGAGGCAGGCGAGUACCACAUUGGCAAGGAAGCCAAGAAGCGCAUUGCGCAGGAAGAGAGAAUAGAGAAGCAGAAGAACAAGCAGGAAGAGAAGAAGCGGCAGCGGGAGCAGGAUUUCAUCGCGCCCGAAGAGAAUGGCGCCGAGAGGAAAAAGAAGAAGCGGAAGACCAGGGACGAGGAGUAAUCAUGAUAUUUGUCAUAGACCAAGCAACUUUUAUCUUUUGCAGACUGGGUUUUUCUUGGCCCCUCUCCUUACUUAGGUUUUCACGAUACCCAUGGUUUUAAAUAAAGACUUGCCUAUCCAGAUGAGAAAUUGUUGUAUGGUGGUGUAACACAACAUAUAGGUACAUGACCUUGAGCUGUAUUCAGGUUUAAUGUAGUAACCUGGAAAGUCGCAUGCAAAUAAAUCACUGUACAGUUUAAACAUGAACUAGGAAUGCAAG